CGGAGCUCUCCUUUACUGCUUGUGUAUGUAAAAUAUGAUAUGUAUUAUAUAGCUGUGAUAUAUAGUGUGAUUUAGUCAAAAUAGGAAGUUGGGGAAAUCGGGCAACAUGGUUAAUGGUGAGUGUUGUGGUGAUCGCUGAGAUCGCUCGCUCAUACCGGGAGGCAAAUGCUCGAGAAAAUCUCGCUGGAUGUAAAUGGAUUACAUCCACUCACACAGACCAAUUCUUACAGCACCAAGGUUCUGGUCUGGUCCGAUAUCGAAAUUUUUCGUAAUGGGCCCAUUCAUUCCCGAUUGAUAUACCCAUCCCCGUUGACAUUUCAUUUUUUUACAUAACAGAGUCAUUUGCCAGCCCACUUGGUCUCGGUCUCUCGUCUCUCAACUCAUCUUACCACUCGGGCUCGUCUCUUCUCCCUUCUUGCAAGCGAGUCAAUCCUGUCUUCUUCUGUACCUCGCAUAUCACCACCAUCAGGACAGUCUUUGAUUUGAGAUACAGCCAUCAUGCUCGUGGACUCUUCCUCAGCGGACGAAAAGUCCCCUCGUGUUAGCAACGAGAAGAAAACCCCCUCCAAGGAAGAUGUCGAAACCGGCGAGGCUGGCCUCGACAGGGCCAUGAGCUCGCGUCACUUGCAGUUCAUCGCUAUUGGCGGCACCAUUGGAACAGGUCUCUUCCUCGGUGUAGGCCCAGCCCUCGUCAAGGCAGGUCCCGUGUCACUCCUCGUCGCAUUCGCCUUCAUGGGCUCAGUCGUGUACUCUGUCAUGGUCAGCUUGGGCGAGAUGGCGGCGUACAUCCCCAUCACUGGAUCCUUCACCUCGUAUGCCGCUCGCUUCGUCGAUCCCACGCUGGGCUUCGCCAUGGGCUGGCUGUACUGGUUUAGUUGGUCUAUCACUUUUGCGCUGGAGCUUGUUGCCGCUGGAAUUAUUAUCCAGUAUUGGGAUUCGGAUCUUAGCAUUGCGAUCUGGAUUAGUGUUUUCUGGGCGUUGUUUACGGCGUUGAACUUUGUCCCCGUGAGGAUCUUUGGAGAGAUUGAGAUGUGGUUCUCUAUGAUCAAGGUCGUUACCAUCAUUGGCUUCAUCAUCUUCUCCAUCUGCGUAAACGCUGGUGUUGGCGAGGAGGGCUACAUUGGUUUCAAGUACUGGAAGGAUCCCGGCGUCACAAACACCUACAUGGACAUUGACGGCGCCACGGGCAAAUUCGUCGGCUUCUGGGCUGUCCUCGUCACUGCUGGUUUCUCGUACCAGGGAACUGAGCUCGUCGGUGUCGGCGCCGGUGAGACUGCCAACCCCCGCAAGGCUAUCCCCCAGGCUAUCCGCUGGACUUUCUGGGGAAUCUUCAGCUUGUUCAUGGCGACCGUCUUCUUCGUCGGAAUCAAUGUUCCCUUCAACGACCCCCGACUUGACUCUGGUGCGCAGGAUGCUUCUGCUUCACCUCUCGUCAUUGUCGCCACCCGCGCUGGUGUCAAGGUGCUCCCUGACAUUAUCAACGCCGUUCUUCUCUCUGCCAUUCUCACAGCUGCCAACUCAAACGUCUACUCUAGUAGCCGUAUCAUGGUCGCGCUCGCUGAGGAUGGUCUUGCGCCCGCUUUCAUGAAGCGCACCAACAAGUACGGAACUCCUUACUUUGCCGUGGCUUCAUGCUCCGUCAUGGGACUCAUCGCCUACAUCAACCUUUCCUCCAGCGGAGCCGAGGUGUUCAACUGGCUUCUCAACGUCAGUUCCACCUCGUGCUUCAUCACCUGGGUCCUCAUCAACGUCUGCCACAUCCGCUUCCAGAAGAUCAUGCGCGUGCAGGGAAUUCCCCGCUCCGAGCUUCCCUACCUCGCUCCUCUCCAGCCCUACCUCUCCUACUACGGCGCUUUCUUCGUGGGGUUGAUCACCAUCACUUGUGGUUUCACCGCCUUCAUCGAUUGGAGCGUAGCCGAUUUCUUCUCCAACUACAUCAGCUUGAUGCUUUUCGCCGCGUUGUAUGUUGGUCAUAAGCUCAUCUGCCGAACCAAGGUUGUUCCUCUGGCUGAGGUUGAUCUGAGCAAGGGACGAGAGGAAAUGUAAAACGAGUUUUGAUUCGGAGUUUUGGGUGCUGGAAAAAGUAGCAAAAGUUUUGUGUCCGUUUUUUUUGGCGUAUAGCAGUUAAUAGUUGUAAUGAGAGAUAUGAUACCCUGAAUACUCGAGUCUCGUCUGUGAAGUCGAAUGUGUAGCACUGUAAGUCAGGGGAAGGAUAAUAGGAUAAAACAGACAUCAAUGGUCAGGGGGGCAUCGAUGGCUUUAUUGUAGG